AUGACGGAGCGUACCAGCGAUGACGGCGACGAUGGCGAGCAGCGCACGCACGGCCUUGCCAUUCCCCAUGCUGCUGAUUCCGGCGGACGCCAUUCGCUCUUCGACCUUGAUCGCCACGAGCAACCCGAGAGCAGGAGUGAGCAGCGGAGCAACCCGAGAGAAAGAGGUGCUAGAGGUCGUCGCAAGCCGAAGAGGCUUCGUCAGCUUUAUCAGCACCGUCUAGCAGUUCGACAAAGCCUGCAGCUCCAUGCGCUGAGAGAGUUUUUUCUCCCUCCUUUCCAGAGGCUAUGGAGGCUGGUUCGUCUAGGGUGA